ACCAAACACCAACAAAACAGUGAACGAAUUGCGUGACCCAGCUGUUAUUGCGUGCAACCAGCUGUCUCUCGCGCACGUAAUAAACUCACUACUACUUCAAUUCACUCUUACCGAAAUAUCGAUUCUCCAAGAGACGUAUAUUAAAGGAAAAAGUAUAGUCGACAAAAUGCGCAAGCGUUACUACUCUAUGACUAUCACCCAUUGUUUUUUUUCGAAUAAUUAUUCACUCAAUCGAAUCCGUGCGGUUGUAAAGCGAACAUGAAGAGUCCCCUUCAGAAUGAUCGAAUCAUAUUCAACUACAUAGAGGAUAAUGAAUAUAGCAUACAACCAAUUCGUUGGCUCUUGAGGCCCAUAAGCAUCUGGCCAGUAUCAUCAGUGAAGCAGAAGAUUCUAUCGAAGAUGUUACUGGUAUUGUGCAUUUUUCUCAUCAUCAGUGUUUUAAUACCUUCUGCGUUGGCCAUCUUCCUAGACGAAACCAAAGAUGUAGAGGCAAAGCUACGCGAUUUCGGACCUCUCAGCAAUUGGCUGCUUGCAAGUUUUAAAUAUUGCUCAUUGCUGAUGCAUGUAGACGACAUACGUCAAUGUCUCGAAUAUGUCAAAUCAGAUUGGCGAGCCGUCACGAAGAUCGAAGAACGAGAAGUGAUGUUGAAAAAUGCCAGGAUCGGUCGCUUCAUCGCGAUAUUCUCCGCAACUUUCAUACACAGUGGAGUGUUCUCCUACAGUAUCUUCCAGGCAAUGUCAUUGGACGAGUCCGCCGGCAAUAAUGUAUCGGUGCAUUCCCUGCCUUUCGCGUUCUACGAUAAGAUUCUGGAUACUACGACGAGUCCGGCGUAUGAAAUAAUGUUUACGAUACAAUUUUUAUCCACGUUUGUGGUAAAUUCCAUAGUGGUAGCCACUUGCUGUGUCACCUCCGUCUUUGUAAUGCAUGCCUGUGGUCAAUUAAAGAUUUUGAUGUCCUUGAUAGAUAAUCUCGUAAACAAAGAAAAUGAAAAAGAAACUUUUCGCAGCAGAAAUUUGCAGUCAUCGUCGAGCAUCAUUUGAAAGUGCUUAGCUUCGUGUCUCACAUAGAGAAAAUUACAAAUGUUGUUUGUCUCGUGGAAAUAACGGGAUGCACAAUACAUAUGUGCCUCUUAGGCUAUUAUUGUAUAUUGGUAGGCGUAAAUUAAAAUUUACAACGCUUAUAUAGUAACCUUGCUAUUCGUAUCUAUUAUUAUCUAUUUGUAUAAAUUAAUAAAUUUUUUUAGGAAUGGAACCAAGACAACAAAGAAAAUAUAGUAUCCUAUGUUAUAAUAUUGAUCUCUGU